AUGUGUCGUAAACUUGGGACGUCACAGCAGGUGGCCAUGAGGAGAGAUGUGAUGGAAAUCGGUGAUAUGAUACAAAAUCAAAAUGCGGCUGCAAAGACUGAUUCACCGGGUACACUCUUAAGUGGAAGUUACAGAGAAGGAUUCAGACUGAAAGAAUCAGACAUUGACACGAUGCUAUGGCGAGUUGAUCAUCGUGUGAUAUGGGAAUUAUCCCACUCUCAGUAUUACAACAUGCACAGUCAAACACUGAUCCUCGGUGACAUCUCUAAUAGUCCUCCAGGAUUUACUUUGUUAUAUUUACUGUCACCAAGCAAGCUCAGAAAAGUUCAAAAUGCUUGUGUUAGAAUUGGUAAUAGACAUUAUAUAUCUAGUUCCAAAUACAGACACAUAGCAUGUGCCUUACCCUCAUCAAGUUACAUGUCUCCGCACGGACCAUGUGCCAGUGGGUUUAUUGGACCAAUGGAAUUUGAUUUAGCCCACUGUUUUGUUAGUGACUUUUGGCCUCCAUCUGCAUCUUCUUGGAUAGAUAGAUGUCACUCAUGGCCCCCAUCUAAUAUUGUUGAUGAUAUAGUACAGAACGGAUGUCACCUAGUACCAAUAGGACAUAAACUUGGACAAAAUGAAGGCAAUGAAUGGAGAAUUUCUUUCUCACGGGCGGAAUGUACACUCGUGAAUGCCAUGAACCAUUGCCAGUUCUUAACUUACGGCUUGCUCAAAUUGGUUUUAAAGGAAAUUAUUAACAAUGGAUUAGAUGAUGGUGAGAAAUUACUUUGUUCCUAUCACAUGAAGACAGCAGUUUUCUGGGCGAUUCAACAAAAUAUAAUUCCUCACUGGUGUCCACAAAACCUACUGGACUGCUUCUGGGUGUGUUUUAAGCUAAUCUUUAAGUGGGUGUAUGAAGGAUUCUGUCCCAACUUUUUCAUUCCGGCAAAUAACAUGUUUCUGGGUAAUAUUCAUGGUGCAGCACAAAAACUUCUAUUCAUUAGAUUGUAUGAUUUGUAUGAGAAAGGGUUUGCAUUUCUUCUACACAGUCCUUCUAUAAGAUUUUCCAUUAUUACUGCCCUUUAUAACCUUGACAACCCCUUCCGAACAGAUGAACACAUUCUGAUCUCUGAAAAGGAAUUUGAUAUAGAGUUAUUUACAGAAAUACAUAAAAAUGAUUCUAUAUGUAUAUACAAAGCACCUCUAAAGAGCUGUUUGAUGUACUUAGAGGCAAUAGAACAGUUGCUUAGUGCACAUUCCAUGACGCAGUAUCAAAUCCUUGUGUUGCAGAAACGUACGGCCAAUAUCCUUCAGAACCUUGCCUUUACAGUGCCAUUACACACACUGAUUUGUGCAUCUGAAAACAAGAUGAGGUAUAGAGCUGACAAGGUUUCCUGUCACACGCUAAAAUUAGCAGCGAAAUUUGGUUGCAUCACUGACAUGCUGUACAUAGCUAUGUAUUAUUACAAGACAUUUAGAUUUCAGAAAGCUUUAUCUAUUAUAGACGUGCUAAAGUUCAAGUUAUCACACCCAUAUGUGAUAUAUAACUCUAAUGUCAAUGCAAGGAUAUACACAGAGACUGUAGGUGGACAAUCUUUGUUUUCAAAGAUGAGACAUGCUGUAGCAGAGGACAUCACACUGGAAAAUGUAAUCUGUUAUGUUUAUGAAUUAAUGCCAGAGCAACAGUCUGGUCUACAGAAUAUGACUUUUUUUUUAACUGUCCGAUUCUUUGUGUUAUUGCACAUGAUAGAGAUCCUGUGUUGCAGACAUGUAGACACAAUGAGAGCACAAAUAGCUCUAAAUGAUCUACAGACCCUAGUUCACUAUGAUCAGGGACAGCUUUUAGAUUGCAGAGACAUAUCCUGGCAGAUUCUAGGGAUCUGUCAACAGGUGACAGGGAACCUCCAGGCUGCUCUAUACUCAUACCAACAAUCUCUCAGGCAAUGUCAUUUAAUAAACAGAAUACAAAUAGCUACGUUAAUGAGAAUACAAGAUAUUUGUCAAUGA